AAGAGCCAGUCAGCCAUUUCAAACAAACACAAAAGAAUUCCCUCCAAAGUCCAACAUACAUAAACUGUUUUUCCUUCCCUCCAACCUCUGCAACAUUUCCUCUGUUUUUCUUACUUUCUCUCUCCUCUUCUUCUCCUUCCUUAAUCAAGAACACAAUUAAUCAAGAAACUCCAUUUCCAUUUUUCCAACAUGAUGAAAUCUCUCUUAAACCGUUUUAAGAACUCUCAUUCUUUCAAAGAUUUCUACACAGAUUGGAUUAAAACCUUAAAAUCAACUCUUCUACCUCUUCUCACUAAUUCUCUCUCCUCUUCUUCUCCAGACCCUCUUCUUCUUUCUACCCAACUCGAUCUUCUUCAUAAACACUUCAAUUCUUACUUCUCCGCACUCGAUCUCGCCUCAAACGACGACGUUUCACAGCUCCUCUUCCCUGACUGGCGAAACCCCAUUGAAAAACCCUUUCUUUGGCUUGGUGAUUUCCACCCUUAUAUCUUCACUAAUCUUCUUCGUUCUUUCUUCGAUGAUGAUGAUGAUGAUGAUGUUGAUAGUGAUGAAUGUGAUGAUGGGAAGAGAUUUCAUUCUAUGGGUAAAGCUUGGAAUGUGUGGAAAUGUCCUGAUGUUUCUUUGGGGCAUAUCGUCGAACAGAUGGAGUGCGGUUUGAGAUUGAUGGUUCCUUCGAUUGCGGCGAGGUCUAGAGAUGCUCAGGCUGCUUUGGUUGAGAAAUUGGGUGUUGGGUGGAGGGAAAAAGGUGAGAAUUUUGAGGUUGGUGAGGUGAUUCAUGAAUUGGUUGAUGAUAUGACUUGUGUUUUCAUGGAUGCUAAUAGGUUAAGAAGAAGUGUUCUUGCUGAUAUUAUGGGGGCUUUAAAUGUUUAUCAAGCUGCUAUUUUUUUUCACAGUCUUGCCCAAUUCUAUGUUGGGUUUUGGGAUAAUAAGUUGCUAACUCAGUUUAACAACUCCAAAUUAACUCUGGAUUAAUGGGUUUUUUUUUAAGUUUGGAAUUUCUUGGAUGGGAAGAAAGGGGGCAUGGCUUGGAUUUUUAAUAUUUUGGGAAUUAUCUGGCUGAUAAUCAUUGUUUAAUUAUGUGAAGGAGGACCUUGUUUUGUUUUAUCUUUAUAAUUGUUCUGCUUGAGAGUUCUUCAUCUGGAAUUAGACGAUUCAACGACUUCAUGUGAUGUCGUAAGUUCUGUUGUACAAAGUUUGCCUCUUCAUAGCGAUUACUAUAAUUCAGAUAUCGGUUUUGUAUUUGCUGGUCUACUAGUUCUUGUUACUUGCGAUUUUUCAUUUUUUCCUGUGUCACAACUCACAAGGUAGAGAGAGCUAUACAAGUUUGCUAUUCCUGCCUGUGUGGAAGUAUAUGGUAUGUAUAUCACUAGUCUAUGUCGGACUGGCUACGCCACACAAUGAAAGACAAAGGUCUGCGACCAUGAGAUUUUGUUUGAUUGAUCUCUGUGAAUAUAUUAAAAAAGAAAUACUAUGUUUCUGACUC